GGAGGUCCGUCGUUCAGCGCUUAUCCCGGCGCAGCAGCAGAAGGGGGUGGAUUUCGACCUGCAACCCCCAACAAAAAAGGCCAAUACAGUGAUUCCGUGCUAUCGGAAAUGGAAGCGCAGAAUGAAGAGCAGGCCGGGGAAAUGAGUAGGAAGGUGAAAAUGUUGAAAGAUUUGACGAUGGCUAUUGGAGAGGAAAUUCGAGAUUCUACGGCUUUUGCGGAGAAAAUGAAUGAUUCUUUUGAAGGGACGAGGAAUCGGUUGCGAGGGACUAUGAAUCGGAUGUUGAGGAUGGCGGAGAGGACGGGGGUGGGUUGGAGGGUUUGGGUUGGGUUUUUUGUUUUUAUAUUUUUGUUGUUUGCUUAUGUUUGGUUG